CUCGCUCAUUCGUUAUAUUCAUUCAGUCGUACUUGACGCUUGUUUUCGAGCGAACAAACGAUAAUAAUGAGCAAAGUAUCAUUCAAUCUUUGUACGUUGGCGUCGUCGAUUGUUGUGUUGUUUUAUUCAUUCGUGUUUAAAAUCGGUGCUUCAUCACCUCUGGCCGUUCGAACUGAUUGCUCCAGAAACAGUCCGAACAUCAUAAGCCGAGCAGAAUGGGGAGCUCGUCAGCCCAAAUUGCCCUACGAAACGCUCCGAUAUAUUCCUGCCCCUUACGUCGUUAUCCACCACGGUGGUAUUCACCAUUUCUGCUACGAGUUAGCUGACUGUGCCGAAGUCGUUCGUUCCUAUCAAAAUUUACACAUGGACGAUCGAGGCUGGAUCGAUAUCGGUUACAAUUUCGUCAUUGGCGAAGACGGCAACGUUUACGAAGGUCGUUCUUGGGACCACGUGGGUGCUCAUGCUCCCGGAUACAAUUUCCACAGCAUCGGUAUUUCCGUUAUCGGUGACUUCACUCAUUUCAUACCGAACACGCCAGCUCUCGAGGCCCUCGAUUCGCUAAUCUCGUACGGUGUAAAGCUGGGAAAAAUAAGUAAAUAUUACAAAAUAAUUGGUCACAAGCAAGCACGUGAGACGAUGUGUCCUGGCGAAAAGUUUUACGAUUGGGUUAAGGGCAUGCCCGGCUGGACCGAUCACCCGAUACCGCUUUAUCAGAAUUCCACACUUCCGAAAUGCUCCGACAGCGAUUCGAGGCGUCUAACGGACGAUUAAAAUCGAUAGAAUCAUUCUUCUAAUUAGACAAAUUUGUAAAGCCUGUGUGUAUCCUCUUCGAGGAAAAAUAUCAAUUAUCUUGAUUGUCGUCGUUCAAAUAAAUUAUACGAACCGUC